CUGGUGGGGAUGCUGCGGGAUGUGGCGUGCGGCAUGCGGCACCUGUCCCGCGUGGGCUACGUGCACCGGGACCUGGCCGCCCGCAACGUGCUCGUCAGCGGCGAGCUCACGUGCAAAGUGUCCGACUUCGGACUCUCGCGGAUGCUUCUGCCGGACGACCACUCCGACGCGGUGUACACCACCCGGGAGAUCCGAGGGCGAAAUCAAAUUGUAAAUGUUCCCCAGGGGGGGAAGAUCCCCAUCCGCUGGACCGCCCCGGAGGCGAUUUCCCAGCUCAGGUUCACGUCGGCAAGCGACGUGUGGAGCUACGGCGUCGUCAUGUGGGAGGUGAUGACACACGGCGAGCGGCCAUACUGGGACAUGAGCAACCGGGACGUGAUGGAGGCAGUGGAAGGUGGCUGGCGACUGCCACGUCCCAUGGGAUGUCCCAUGUGUCUCCACCGCCUCAUGCUGAGCUACUGGCACGCGGAGAGCUCCUGUCGACCCUCGUUCAGCCAGCUCGUCACCGCCAUCACCGACGCCCCGCCCAGCACGGCCAGUUUCUCGUCCGCGGUGGCGGUGGCCUCCACACUCCGCGGCGACUUCUCAACGCCGCGAACGCCGACAACGCCGCCACCUCCUCCCACUGCGUCUUAG